UCGGUUGAAUUGUCGGACCGAACGAACCGAUUCGCGGAACUGAUUCAGAUUGUUGUCGGUAGUCAGUCAGAAGUUUUUCGGAGUGUUUGUACGGUGAUCCGCCGAGCUCAGCGAUCUCCAUAAAGCGUGUGUGUCUGUGAUCUCAGACAGGUUUGAACACGAUAAGAGCUCAGAUCGCUGACAUUCCUUCUGUCUGUGGAGUUUAGCAGCAGGAUGACGAGGAUCGGGUCAGAGUUUCUUCGCGAGCGUCCGUGAGCACAGCACCAAUCAUGGCUGGCAGGGUCAGUUUUGACUCUGAUCUGGUCACUGAUUUCGAGAGUCCAGCAGAUGAGGAUGGGGUUCAUGAUUCAUUCAGUCAGCUGAUCCAGGAACAGUGUCACGACCUUCAUGAUGUCAUAGAGAUGACCCCGUUUGACCUGGAGGAGGAGAGCAGAGAUGACGUCGUGUGUCUGGAGGCUCCGGUGUACCAGCGGUCUGACAGCGAUGCGCCGCAGCAGACGGAUCAUCUGAUUGGAGAACGCUGGUCAUCUGACACGCUCCGAGUCCUCUCCUCCAUGCCCAGCCGCACCAUCGGUCGCAGUCGUGGCGCGAUCAUCUCUCAGUACUGCAACCGCACCAUGCAGCUGCGCAGACGCAGACAGAGCAGACCCUCCAUCCAGCACUUCCCUCGAUCCGCGCGGCCCAGCAUCCGCGGAUACCGCAUGGAAACGGAUGCAGCCGGUUUUGAGGAAGAAGAGAAUAAGAGGGAGCGUUUGGUCAAUAAUCUGCAGAAUCUGUCAGCCAAUGAUCGCGUGCGUAUGCUGAGAGCGAUGCCGCUGUGUCUCGCAGAGAAGAAAGAGCUCAGGAUGUUGGUGUUGAAUAAAGCCGAACACUCUGUGUCUCAGAAUCAGAUUCCCUGCUGCAGUCAGUUCAAGUAUUACAUCAUCAUUGCGCUGAGGCACGGCUGGUACGGCUGGCUGUCAUUCCUGUCCUCACUGCAGUUGUGGCAAACGGCUCUGAAGUGUGUUGGCGGCCGCUUCGGGACAGGCGUCCUCUCGUAUUUCGUCUUCCUCAGAACGCUCCUCUUCUUCAAUGUCUUCCUGUUCCUGGUCACGGGUUUGUUGCUGGUGGUUCCUCAGGCCAUCGCUCAUCCGGACCAGGACCAGAACGUCACUGUCAGGAGCACAUGGGGCCUGGAGGUGCUCACGGGCGCCGGUUAUUUCUCGCACUCUCUGCUGUAUUAUGGAUACUAUAGUAACAAAAUGCUACAGACGGGCCGCAGCUGCUCUGCAUCCAGGAAUGGGACGUCCUGUAGUUCUGGACUGUCCUAUAACAUGCCUCUCGUUUACUUCUUCACCAUCGGCGCCGCCUUCUUCAUCACCUGCAUCAUCCUCGUCUACAGCAUGUCGAAGUCGUUCGGUCAGAGUUUCCGCAUCGAUAAAUCUAAAGGCCUGUUGGCCAUAAAGGUCUUCAGCUCAUGGGACUUUAAAGUCAUCAAGAAAAGCUCAGUGAGACUGCAGCGGGCAAACAUCGGCACACAGCUGAAGGAGCUGGUGGCGGAAGUGAACCGUCAGGAGCUGAAGUUCCCCGUUCUCCAGCGGCUCUUCCGGCUCUUCAUCCACAUGCUGGCGUGGAUCAUGUGUUUGGGAAGCACGUUAGCGUGUGUGCUAGCUGUGUAUUACUUCUCUGAAUACAUGCACGGGGAUCUGCAUCACCGCGCUCACUCCGGCUCGUCUGAUCCGCUGCUGACGGAAGCCAGUCUGCUGGCCGUUCCUGUGGUUGUAUCCAGCUUUAACCUGCUCCUGCCCGGAUUCUUCAACGCCGUGGCCUGGAUGGAGGAGUACGAUUCUCCCAGUGUGCUCAAUUACGUCUCCAUCAGCAGGAACCUGCUGCUGAAGGUGAGUGUGUUGGGAGUGCUGUGCUAUUAUUGGCUGGGCCGCGUGGCAUCGGAUCCUCUCAGUCUGAGUUUAGAGUGCUGGGAGAGUUUCGUCGGGCAAGAGCUGUACCGUUUCCUCCUGAUGGACUUCAUCUUCAUGCUGCUGGAUACCUUCUUUGGAGAGUUUCUGUGGAGGGUGUUUUCUCAGAAGGCUCUGAAGAGGAAGAGGAAGCCCGUGUUUGACAUCGCCAGGAACGUUCUGGAGCUCAUCUAUGGACAGACUCUGGCCUGGCUGGGGGUUUUAUUCUCUCCUCUGCUGCCGGCGGUUCAGAUCAUUAAACUGCUCUUUCUCUUCUACAUGAAGAAGGUCAGUCUGAAGAUGAACUGUCAGGUGUCGGGGAAGCCGUGGCGCGCCUGUCAGAUGACCACCAUCUUCAUCACGCUGCUGUGUUUCCCAGCAUUCCUGGGCGCCGCCGUGUGUGUGACGUACACCAUGUGGACGUGAGUGUCGAGGAUCUCAAACACACAUCUG